AUGCUGGUGCUGUAUACUAUACCUGCUCAAAAGAAAAUGAAGAAAAGGUUUGUAUUCGACCAAGUCUGGGCGCAGAGCCAAGAAGCAGAAGGGGUAGUGAGGCAGGCCUGGGCAAGACCACAGGUGGGAUCAAAAAUGUUCAAGAUUACUAGGAAAAUUAGAGAGUGUCGGAUAGCUCUUCUAAGUUGGAAUAGACUGAAUAAAAAAAAUGCAGCUAUACAGAUUAAUGAGAUUAAAAGGAAGAUACAAGAGCUAAAAGAUUCUGCUGUUCAAGGGAAAAGUAGGAAAAUGGCUGAAUUGAAACUAAAGUUGAGUAGUGCCUAUAAAGCUGAGGAAAUUUUCUGGGCUCAAAAGGCAAGGAGCAAAUGGCUAAAGGAAGGGGACAAGAAUACAGCCUAUUUUCAUGCUUGUGUGAAGACAAGAAGGAAACGGAAUCAGAUAACAAGUUUGCAGAAAGGAAAUGGAGAAUGGUGUUCAGAUAAUCAACAAAUCAUCCAGGAGAUUUGCAGGUACUAUGAGGACCUAUACACCACAUCUCAGCCACGAGACAUGGAAGAAGUGUUGGAAGGGGUGCCUGUAUCAAUUACUAGCAGAUUAAAUCAGACUUUGAUACAACCUGUGGAGGAAGCUGAGGUGAGAGUAGCUGUGUUCUCCAUGCACCCAAAUAAAGCACCUGGACCUGAUGGUAUGACACCCUUAUUUUUUCAAAGAUACUGGAAUGAUAUUAAAACAGAUGUGGUGUCUGCUAUUCAAAGCUUUCUGAGCCAUGGCCACCUUUUAAAGAGUAUAAAUGAGACUAGCAUAACCCUCAUUCCAAAGGUUGAAAACCCUAUAGAUCUGGCAAACUAUAGGCCUAUCAGCCUCUGUAAUGUACUUUAUAGAAUCUUAGCAAAAAUUUUGGCCAACAGACUGAAAAAAGUUAUCGCUUUGUGCAUUAGCUCUUCUCAAUCUGCCUUCGUUCCUGGAAGACAGAUUGUUGACAACAUCAUUUUGGCCCAUGAAAUCAUGCAUUUUUUAAAAAGCAAAAGAAAGGGUAAUACUGCUUUUAUGACCUUAAAGCUUGACAUGGCAAAGGCUUAUGACCGGGUGGAAUGGAAAUUUGUGGGCAGAAUGAUGUUAAAAAUGGGGUUCUGUCCUAUUUUUGUAAGAUGGAUUAUGAGUUGUAUGUCCUCUGUGUCAUAUUCUUUCAACAUUAAUGGGGAAAGGGUGGGGUAUGUGAAACCUAGUAGGGGUAUUAGACAGGGGGAUCCCUUAUCCCCCUAUCUUUUCUUGUUUUGCUCGGAAGGGCUGUCUAAUCUCAUGGCAAGGGCUAUUGAAGAUAGGCAGAUUACAGGCCUCAAACUGAGUAGAAAUGGACCAGUGCUAUCUCACUUAUUCUUUGCUGAUGACUCUUUAUUUUGUUGUAAAGCGCACCCACAGGAAGCUAGAGCCAUGCAAAGGAUUCUUGCAAAAUAUGAAUUAGCCUCAGGACAGUGCAUAAACUAUGACAAAUCUGCUGCUUUCUUUAGCAGAAAUUGUAGCAGACAGCAUAGGAGACAGACAUGUGAAAAGAUGAACAACAUCAGGGAGGCAAACAAUGGCAAAUACUUGGGACUUCCCCUGGUGAUAACAGCAUCAAAAAAGCAAGUUUUCGCCUACAUUGUUGAUAAAGCAAAAUCCAGAAUGCAGGGAUGGAAGCACAACCUACUCAGCCAUGCAGGAAAGGAGGUACUACUUAAGUCAGUCGUAAUGGCUUUACCAAAUUACACAAUGUCAUGCUGUAGGUUGCCUAAAGGACUUUGUAAUGAAAUCUGUGGUCAAAUGGCAAAAUUUUGGAGAGGCCAAAAUGAAGGGGAUAGGAAGAUGCAGUGGGUAAGUUUGGAGAAAAUUACACAGGUGAAGGGAAAUGGGGGUCUGGGCUUUAGAGAUCUAGAACACUUUAAUAGUGCUUUGUUAGCAAAGCAACUCUGGAGGAUAUUGAUGCAACCAAACUUAUUAGUGAGCAGAGUGCUAGGAGCAAAGUAUAAAAUAGUGCAAACAGACUGGGAUGGAGCAGCUCCGAAGAAUGCAUCAUGGGUGUGGAAAAGUAUAUACAGCUCUGGACUGGUGCUACAAAAAGGAAUGUGGAAGAGAGUGGGAGAUGGGACUACUAUCAACAUAUGGAGGGAUAAGUGGAUCAUGGCAGCACCAAAUGGGAGAAUAGCAACCCAGAAACCUCCAGAUUGUAACUUGCAAACUGUGGCAGACUUGCUGAUAGAGAGGGAAUGGAAUAAGAAGCUGAUUGAGGAGACAUUCUCAGAGCAGGAAACCUCACAAAUAUUACAGGUGCCAUUAAGUUUGUUUCCUAGAAAGGAUGCGGUCUAUUGGAAAUACUCAAAAUCAGGAAAUUACACUGUGAAGUCGGGAUAUGCAGUAGAAAAGGAAGAGGUCAAUGAAAGAAACAAGGAAAUUCAUGGAGAGGAAGGAACCAGCUACGCACAGCAUAAAGGCAAAGUGUGGAAGAGCUUGUGGGGAUUAAAGAUGAAGCCAAAGAUAAAACAUUUCAUAUGGAGAUGCCUACACAACAGCAUUCCUGUAAACGUGUUGAUACACAAAAGAACAGGAAGAGGCUCGCCAUUAUGCAAAUGCUGUGGGGAAGGGGAAGAAACAGUGGAACACAUGAUUUUCUUUUGCAAUAAUGCUGAACCUAUAUGGAAGCUGGCCCCAAUACAAUGGGACGGAUUAUUGCAAUGGAGAUCAAAUUUCUGGAGAUGGUGGGAAGGUAUAUUAGAGGCAAGGAGCAGGCAAAGAGGUGAAGACCACAUCACCCUAACAGCAAACAUCAUCUGGCAAAUUUGGAAGGCAAGGAAUGCUCGACAGUUUGAAGGGAAACGUGGAGAGCACAUGACCUUACUAGAAACUGCAAGGAACGAAUGGCUGGAGUUUCAAGAGGAGCAGGUGGAAAAUGACAAAAAGCACAGGACAGGAACAAGUCACCAUAUGAAUAACCACCAAUGGAGACCACCAGACGCAGGGGUAAUGAAGAUAAACACUGAUGCUGCGAUUCCUACUAAUUCAGCAGGAGCUGGAUUAGGAAUGAUUGCGAGAGAUUGUGAGGGAAACAUUGUCCAAGCAAGAGGCAUCAGGAAGUAUAGCAGCGCAGGUGCGGAAAUGGAAGAGGCAGAUGCUCUUCGACAAGGCUUGCUAAUGGCUAGAGAAGCUGGCUGGCGAAGAAUUGAAAUGCAAACUGAUUGCAAAGCCGCCAUUGAGACAAUAUGCAAGACAGGCUUGGGUGAAACACCAAUUGGCACGAUCAUAGAAGAUAUUAGACAUCUGAGUGACCUGUUCCAGGACUGUACCUUUUCUUUUGUGUAUAGAGAUGGAAAUAGAAGUGCUCAUAAAAUGGCACAAUUUGCAACUAAACUUGUUUCCAAGGUAAUUUGGAAACAAAGUUUCCCCCUGUGGCUCAAAGAGAGUAUACAGGAGGAUAAUAGGACUAAUGUCCCUUUAUGUAACUAA